GUCGUCUCUUCUCCCCCCCUCCCCUCGGCACAUACAUGACUUCACGGCCACACACGAGUGAAGAUACCUCCGUUUUCCAGUUGCCGGGCGCCUUCUGCUACCGCCUGAACAUGACAGAAAGUUCCAGCAAUAAGCUGCUGAAUGGAGACGCCUGCCAACGGAGCUCAAAGGACAAGAAAUCGGGUAAAAAUGGCUUCGUGAAGAACCACUGCCUGUUUCAGCAGCCGCAAAAGUACCGCCGCCCGAGGGAAAAGAACCACAAUGUGGUGCGGAACCCCAGCCUGUACAACAAGCCCUUCGUUGAAUCCUAUGAGGAGACCCCCCUGCUGGUGGCCGUGCUCACCUACAUGGGCUAUGGCAUCCUCACCAUCUUCGGAUACCUGCGCGACUUCAUGCGCCACUGGAACAUCGAGAAGUGCAGCGUGGCGCGCGAGAGAGACGAGCAGAAGGACUUCGUUCCCCUGUACCAGGACUUUGAGAACUUCUACACGAGGAACCUGUACACGCGGAUCCGGGACAACUGGAACCGGCCCCUCUGCGGCGUCCCCGGGUCCAAGAUGGACAUUGUGGAGCAGGUCUCCCACGACUACAACAGGACCUUCCAGAACACGGGUAAGAUCAUGAGGGACGUGAUCAACAUGGGCUCCUACAACUACCUGGGCUUUGCUGAGAACGUGGGCCAGUGUGCUGACGCAGCCAUCCAAGUGACUGAAAAGUACGGAUCCGGGGUCUGCGGCACCCGCUGUGAGAUGGGGAACCUGGAUAUCCAUCAGGAGAUGGAGGAACUGGUGGCCCGGUUCCUGGGCGUGGAGUCUGCGCUGACCUUUGGCAUGGGCUUCGCCACCAAUUCCAUGAACAUUCCUGCACUUGCUGGAAAGGGCUGUCUGAUCCUCAGUGACGAGCUGAACCAUGCUUCCCUGGUGCUUGGCGCUCGUCUCUCGGGAUCCACCAUCCGGGUCUUCAAGCACAACAACAUGGUGAGCCUUGAGAAGCUCCUGAGGGAUGCCAUCGUUCACGGCCAGCCCAGGACACACCGACCCUGGAAGAAGCUCCUCAUCGUGGUUGAGGGCAUUUACAGCAUGGAGGGCUCCAUUGUGCGACUGCCGGAGGUGAUCGCGCUCAAGAAGCGCUACAAGGCCUUCCUGUACCUGGACGAGGCCCACAGCAUCGGGGCCCUGGGCCCCAAUGGCAAGGGGGUGGUGGACUACUUUGGCCUGGACCCCAAUGACGUCGACAUCAUGAUGGGCACGUUCACCAAGAGCUUCGGGGCCGCGGGCGGCUACAUCGGCGGCAAGAGGGAGCUGAUCCAGUACCUGCGCAGCCACUCCCACAGCGCUGUCUACGCCACCUCCAUGCCCCCGCCGGUCGCCCAGCAGAUCAUCACCUCAAUGACCACCAUCAUGGGGGAGGACGGCACCUCGCUGGGCGCUGACCGGUUGAGGCAGCUGUCGGAGAACACCACUUACUUCCGCAGGAAACUGCGAGAGAUGGGCUUCAUCAUCUACGGCAACGACGACUCCCCGGUGGUUCCCAUGAUGUUGUACAUGCCCGCAAAGAUAGGGGCGUUCGGCCGGGAGAUGCUGAAGAGGAACAUCGGCACGGUGGUGGUGGGCUUCCCCGCCACGCCCAUCAUCGAGUCACGGGCGCGCUUCUGCGUGUCGGCCGCCCACACCCGAGAGACGCUGGACGUGGCUCUGAAAGCCAUUGGCGAGGUGGGCGACCUCCUCCAGCUCAAGUACUCCCGGCACCAGCCCACCGUGACCCCCGGCCUGGGCUGGAUGUCGGAGGAGAGCUACCUGCAGGACUGAGCCCCCCCUCCAGCCUCUACUCCGCCCCUCUCUCUCAGUUCCAUUCCCAGGCGACUCUUCUUCCCCUUUAAAAACACACUGGCAACCUCGACCCCCCCCCCCCCCCCCCCCCCCCAGCCCCCUGGUCCUGCUUGCUCAAACCUGGCGGGGGAGGGGGGAUGUCACCAGUGCUGCAGUGGUGCACUCUGGGAGAUCUGUUUUCACCAGAUAUGGGGGGAGGGGGGGUUCACUUCCAGUCCUUCGCAACCCUAACGCAUUGUUACACAAUGCGUUUUCACUCGCUAAAGUCUUAACUUAUUGUGACUGCAUUCACCUCACCCUUACCUAAAUUGAAACACAUAUAUAUGUAUAAAUAUAUAUAUAUUUAAAUAUCUUUAGAUUUUUGUUCACACAGAAUUAUUAACUUGUGCAAUAGCAGCAAUCCAACCACACAGGUUACUUGUUUCCCCUUCUUCCUGUGACUCCAACAGCGUUUGAGGAGGCAAAAGAGAGUAAACCGCUACCUGUCUUGCGUAACAACUGGUUGACUAAAGAAAAUACAUAUGCUAACCGGAAAUAGGAUUUUAAAAGAGGUUGCGAUGCAAACGCAAGUAAAGGAAAGAGAAAAGAAUAUAUUUGUAAAUAUUAUUUAUCCUGGUCUGUGAAGAUGGGACUACAGCAUGGUGGAGCCCAUCAGAUGCUUCUAUGCAGGAAGCAGAACGUGCAAACAUGUCCUCGGUCUCUUAUUUAUGUUGGUAUUUUUGCUUUUUUCUCUUUAAACACUUUUACUUGAAUACGCAAAAAAAAAUCCCCUAACCAAAUGAUAUAAUUGUAUAGAUAGAUUUUGUAUUUUUCUUUUUAAAAAUGUCAAAUCAAACCAUUCUGAAAGGGGGCAAAAAGUUUUAAAGGUAGAGGCUGCCGGAAGAGCAUUCUCUUCAUUUUUAAACGCGGUUGUCGUUUCAUGACGCGCCACAAUAUUCACUGUGGACACCUGCACUCGAAAACUUGAGCUUUCUUCAACCUUUCUAUAUGCGACUGAUGCCACACAGAAACUCAGACACACACACAUACACAGACACACAGAAAGACACACACGCACGCACACACACACACGCACACAGAUAAACACGCCUUUUGCAGACGCAUCAUUCUCCUCACUCAAGUGCUUUUCAGGGGGAAACACGCUUACCAAGCCACACCCCCCCCACUCCCCCUUGUGAUAACCACGCACUGCUGAGCCACCAUCUGUAUGUAUGACGACGAGGCGUCCCUGCUUCUCCGAAGUGCAGACGUGCUAUUUAUUUAUUUUGGCCCUGUGUUGUAUUUUUGGAUUUGGUUCGUUUCUUUCCCAGCUGCCCCUGGUUUAUCAAAGUGUAAUCUUAUCUGUUUGGUUGUUAUCAGAACGGCAGCUUGAAAUGUGUCACCCUGUGUUGAUGCCCUAUGUCUUUGUCUUUUGUACCCGACUACUCACAACGUUUGACUUCAGUGCGAGAACUACUGACAAGCAUGGCAGAUGCACAUAUGAUGUAGGCGCUGAAGGUGGCUUUCGGCGUUGUUGGACGUGCUUUUGGAAAAUGUUAUGUUUAUUUUGCACCCUUCACCGUUUAUCGUCUGAUCUGAUUGGAUGACAUUCCAGAUCCACCUGGUUCGAGGGUUUUGAAUGUCGUUGUUAUUCAUCGAUCUACUACUUCCGACUGUCUGUCUGCGCUAGCUAGCGUCGUAGGUUUGCCGCUACGAUGUGGUGCAUGGUGGGAUGGCAGAACACUUAAAGCUUUCCAUGUUCCCUCAUGUUGUUCGCAGCUUUACGUUGUUGUUGUUUCUGUUAUUGUCGUUGCAAGUUGAAGUUCACCUCAUUGUUGUCAGUAAGUGAAGCGGCUGUUGGGGUCUAUCUGGUCAUUCCUUUAUACAUGUUGAUUAAUCUUAACACAAAGUAUCAAGCUACCUUUUUUUAUGAUUCUGGCAUUUUAGCGCCAUGGGACUAUUUGGUCACUUUUUAAACUGUAAAUUCGAUUUUCCAUUGUGUUGCCUUUCUGCAUUCAUUCCAAAAUGAUGGUUUGACAUUUGUUUGUUUGUCUUUGUCCCAAACGGCUUGAAUAACAGUUGAGCAAUGAUUUAAUAAUAAAAAAAUAUAUAGAACAAACACAACGUAUCCUAGAAUAUUCUCUUCUCUGUCCUUGGAUUUGCUCUGAAAUCACAACUUGAUUCAGUUUCCUUUCCGAAUACCAGCUCUUCCUGGUUGUCUUCCUGUGAAGGCACAAUGUGAUUGCAAAAUAUCGCAACAUGAACAUUUUGUCCGGUGGUAGGCUAGUGUCUUCUGGCUUAGAACAGGUCACAAAGACUGACCAAUAGGAGGCUGCCGGUGUGGAACUCUUUGAUGUUCUUUGCUGUUGCUCAACCCACCAACAAAUAAACCCGUGGACUGACCUUCAUUACCCAUUGGAAGCUCUAUCAGUAACUCUUGCCCUUGAGAAGUUUGUUGUGUUGGGAUUUUAAGAUAAGGAGCACGAAAAGGCUGUUUUGAAGCAAUGAUGUUUGUUGAACAUGCUUUUGGAAACUGUGCUGCAAAGAUUAAAUCAGUUUAUUUGUA